GGGUCAGGCAGGUAAUUUUACAAGGACAGAAGACAUUUCCUGAGCAAUGCUGCCAACAUUUUGUACCAAAAGGAAAAUUAUGAAUACAUUUGAAAAAGGACAAAAGCAUUAGGAAAAACUUUACCACCCCAACACAACUGGUUUUCAGCCACGCUUUCCUAAAGAAAAAUCUGGAAUUGCUAUUUCACCGGCUCUUCAAUUUCAUUGACUUUAUAGUUAAUAAAAGCAUAAAUAAUAGCAUGCAAGAGAAGGCAAGGGAAGGGACCCCCCAUUUUUGGAUUACAACCAAUGCAUUAUAUUCUCAAGCAUCUUCUCUCCAGUCCAUUAUUAACCUUUUGAUUCUCACUCUCUUCUCUCUUUGUUUAUCUUCUUUUUUGCUACUUUACUCUAGAUAGGCUUAACAACUUGCUGAGAAGCUGAAAAAGGAAGCCACCCACAAAAAACGUUGCCAUUUCUUUUCCCUUCUUUUCUUAUCAACAGCAUCACCAUCAUGUGUGUUGAAGAUGCAGAGCAGGUCAGACAAGAAACGGAGGACCUUGGUGACAGCAACAACAAAAAGCCUUGGCCUUUGCUUUGUGGUGAUAAUUUCAUGUGUACCCAGAUGGAGAAUUGGGACGAUAAAGACGCUCCUGUGGUCAAUGGCAGCAAUAGACUGGAAAGUAUUUCUGAGGAUGCAGUUGCCACAGACAGAAAACAUGAUCUGUUGACAAAUUUUAUCCCCACUCUUCGGUCAGGAGAGUGGUCUGACAUUGGCGGUCGUCUUUCUAUGGAGGAUACUCAUAUCUGCAUUGCAGACUUGGCUAAGAAUUUUGGUUGUAAUUUAACGAGUGAAGAAGCUGUUUCCUUCUAUGGUGUUUUUGAUGGGCAUGGAGGAAAGGAUGCAUCUCAUUUUGUCCGUGAUCAUUUGCCUAGAGUUAUUGCUGAGGAUGCUGAUUUUCCCUUAGAACUUGAGAAAGCAGUCACUAGGUCUUUCAUGGAGACUGAUGCUGCAUUUGCAAAGUUAUGCUUUCCUGAGUCUGCCCUGUCUUCUGGCAGUACUGCUCUCACUGCAAUGAUAUUUGGAAGGUCUUUACUUGUGGCCAAUGCUGGGGAUUCUAGGGCAGUACUAUCACGGUGUGGAGCAGCUAAAGAGAUGUCAAAGGAUCAUAGGCCAUGUUGCAUGAAAGAGAGGACACGAAUUGAGUCUCUGGGUGGAUCCAUUGAUGAUGGUUAUCUGAAUGGUCAACUGGGUGUCACACGGGCAUUAGGUGAUUGGCACCUUAAAGGUGUGAAGGAAAUGGGCGAGAGGAUUGGCCCCCUAAUUGCUGAACCAGAACUCAAAAUGAUAACAUUGACCAAGGAAGAUGAGUUUUUGAUCAUAGGUAGUGAUGGAAUAUGGGAGGUUUUUACCAGCCAAAAUGCCAUAGAUUUUGCAAGGAGGCGGCUUCAGGAGCACAAUGAUGUGGAGUUGUGCUGCAAAGAAAUAGUUGAAGAAGCAAAAAAAAGAGGAACAACAGACAAUUUGACAGUUGUUCUGGUUAGUUUUCACUUGAAGCCACCUCCCGCUUCUGUCAUAGAAAGGGCAAGAGUCUGGAGACGUAUUUCUGCUGAGGGGCUUCAGAGCAUCAAAUGCCUCUUAGAAGGAUAGAACUCUAUAUAUUAGUUAAUCACUCAGUACAUGGUACACAAAGAAGAGAAUUGGUUAAUAAUUGAUUAUACACCGUUCAGGCAGGAUCCCCCUGUUUAUAUACAUUCAUCAAUAAAAGAAAAGAAAAUUUGCAAGACUCAAAUUGUGGAAUUAUGAUUCAUAAUUUUAUAGAUUUUAGAUUCUCAUUCCCGAUCAUUCUUAUAUUGGCUUUUUCAUAAUAAGUUCUGGGAUAAUUUGAGGAACAGAAUUGAUUUUUUUUUUUUUUUGGAUAAAAGAGGAACAGAAUUGAUUUGUAUAUACGGGGCACAGU